AAUGUCAUUAAUAUGUUUCAUUUAUUAAGUUAACAUAAUUUUUUUUUUUAAUAAAAUUAGUUUUAAACAAUUAAAUAAUGACAUAUAUUUGGUUUAAUUUAAUUAUUUUAAUUAUUUUUUGUAAAUCGUUGCAAUCAAUUAACCAAAACAUAUGGACUCAUAAUAUAUGGUUAGAUCCGUACGAGAAAUACAGUCUUAAAUGGACAGUCAAUGCCGACAAUCAAAGUAUUGACUUUUUAUGUGAAGUUCGCACAACUGGUUGGAUAGGUUUGGGUCUCUCACCUAAUGGUGGGAUGAAAUCAAGUGAUAUUAUUAUUGCAUGGAUUGACGAUAAUACAGGAAUCACACAUUUUCAUGAUCGGUUUGCUUCUGGGGAAUCUGUGCCACAAAUAGAUGAAAGUCAGGACUGGUAUCUCAUAUCAUCCAAACAAAACUCUACACAUACUGUCAUUCAUUUUCAACGACCGCUCAUUACAUGCGAUCACAACAAUGACAGAGACAUUACUCGCGACACAACACGUCUUAUCUAUGCUUACAGUGAUUCAGAUCCACAAUCAGAUACUGACCUAAAAAUACAUUCAUCACAUCAAAGGGGAUCCAAAAAUAUUAUGCUUUUAACUAAUUCUAAUAAACCGAAUAACAGACCACAAGAAACUGAUUUGAAAAGUUAUAUCUUUAAUGUCAAUAAUUUGACAGUUCCCAUUAGUGAAACUAGCUAUUGGUGCAAAAUAUUUAAACUACCGGCUGAGCACAUCCAUGUAGUUCAGUAUCGGUCUAUCAUAACGCCUGGUAAUGAGCCACUGGUACAUCAUAUGUCUCUUAUGGCAUGUUUUCAUCCAAACUAUCAAACUUUUGAUCAGCAUUUACUAUCUGAAGGCAUUGACUGUACAGAUAUGCCUGUAGAUUACGCUCAUUGUUUUAACCCAUAUCUAACUGCUGUUGGCAAAGACUACUAUUAUGCACCCAAAGACAUUGCCUUUCCGUUUGGUGACCAACUGUCCACAACUUAUCUUAUGCUUAACAUUCAUUACGAUAAUCCCGAAGGAUUGACUGCCAUCGACUCGUCUGGCUUUGAGCUGCUCUAUACUAAACAGUAUCGUAAAUAUGAAGCUUUUGAGAUAAGUUUGGGUUCGGUUGUAGAUUACCGGGUAUUUAUUCCGCCACAUUUACCCGAGUUUACAGUUGCCGCACACUGUCACACAUCAAUGUGUUUUGAUGAGAUUCCUGAAUCGGGUCUCAAAGUGUUUGGCGCUUUACUACAUUCACAUUAUUUGGCCCGACGAAUACGAGUCAGACAUUUCAGAGGCAAUCAAGAGCUUCCGUGGAUAACAUUUGAUGAUAAUUUUGAUUACAAUUUACAACCAUUUCGUUUGUUGCACCAAAUGGUUAUCAUUAAACCGGGCGAUCAGUUAACUGUUGAAUGUGUUUUUGAUUCAAGUUAUAAAAAUAGGACUACUUUUGGAGGUUUGGCUACAACUGAUGAAAUGUGUUUAGCAUUUCUCUAUUAUUAUCCCCGAAUGAAUAAACAAAAUUUUUGUCUGAGUGGACCCACACGACAGUCCAUCAAAUCAAUGGCUAAUAUGUCUGAAUCCACUUCUGACUCUCAAGUUAUGGAGUAUUUGUUAAACAAACAGAACUGGGAUGUAAUGGAUGUUAAUAAAAGUCAACAUUUGAUGACUGGAGGCAAACACAAUGUCGAGUGCCAUAUGAUACCAACAGAUACGGCUAAACAAAUCAAAGAAGUUAUUGGUUAUCCAAAUGUUGAACAAAUAUAUCGACCGAUUAGAUCCCAAUGUAAAGCCAGUAAUGAGUUAAAUAAUGGUUUACCAGUGGUUUAUACCAUAGUUUUAAGUAUAAUUGUUAUGCUGUUAAUAAUUGGCGCAUUGUUUGCAUUUUAUGCGUAUAGAAAUAGAUUAAAUCAAAGAAAAAUGAGAUUAAUAUAAUAUUAAUUUUUUUUAUAUUUUGAUAUCAAUUGUAAUUUGUUCAAUCAUAUAAAUUAUAUUUUAAUAGUAUGAUAUGAAUUUGAAAUUAGUUUAUUAAUUUAAAAUCAAGGGUUUAUAAAAA